UUGUGUAUGAAGCUAGUAAAAAGUGAAUUUAGAUGCAUACUCGAAGAGGAACUCGAUGCUAUUCAAGAAUUCCUUCCGGAAAUGAGCAUCACCAUCAUCAAAGAUCCCGUUGUAUGUAAACCAUGUUUUAAUUCUCUAUGCACUCACAAUGCUUUCAUAAAAGAUUGCUUAAAAAUGAACGCAAAUAUCACAGGUACUUCUGAGAGUUCAGCUACAGAGAAUGAAAGUAAUACAUUGGCGUUUAAUUUAUUCAUUAAAUCCGAAAGCCUGGACAAAGAAUCGCAAAUUAAGGACUUGGAAGUAUCAGUCAAAAUCGAAUACGUAGAAGUAAAAUCAGAAUAUAAGGAUGGGAGUGACCCUCAACUGCGAUGCUCGAAUGAUGAAACAUCUGAGAGCAGUGGUUAUAAGGAUGCAGAUGUAGAUGAAUUAAAAAAUACAUGGAAAGAGGAGAAAAAGUCAGUGAAUGGGCACAAAGAUCCUUUGGAAAUAAGAUUGUACAAAUGUGAUAAAUGUGAUUACGAAACAAAGUACAGGACUGGCCUCAUUCAGCAUCAGGAGCGGCACAAAAGUCCUUUGGAAGUGCGAAAGUACACUUGUCAUUUGUGCGAUUACAGAACGAAUUAUAAGUCCGCUCUAACGAGCCAUCAGUUAAAACACCAAAACCCUUCGGAGAUUCUAAUGUACCGGUGUGAUACGUGCGAUUAUGAGACAAAGUACAGGAGCGGCCUUAUUCAACAUCAAGUGAAACACAAAAGUUCGUCAGAAGCACCGAUUUAUAAAUGCGACGUUUGUGAUUUCAAAACGGUGUACAGAUCCGGCAUUUAUCGUCACCAAAUCAAACAUAAGGACUCCUCGGAAGUAAGGACAUACAAGUGCGGCGACUGCGAUUACGAAACGAAGAUUAAAUACAGUCUCACGUCUCACUUGUUGACACACAAAGAUCCUUCGGAAGCGCGAGAGUAUAAGUACAAGUGCGACUCGUGUGGUUACGAAACGAACCAUAAGUCUCGCUUCACGAGUCACCAGUUAAAGCACAAACUUCCUUCGGAGGUACAAAUGUACUCGUGUAAGGACUGCGAUUACAAAACUAAACAUAAGGACUGUCUCGUACGACACGCGUUGAAACAUAAGGACCCUUCAGAAGUGUUCGUUUACAACUGCGAAGCUUGUGAUUUUAAAUCGAAGUAUAAAGUGAAUUUGACUCGGCAUCAGUUGGCACACAAAGAUGCUUCUCAGGUUCAAACGUACAAAUGCAGUGAGUGCGAUUAUGAGACGAGGUAUAGGACCAAUCUCAUUCAGCAUCAGGUCAAACACAAAAGUACGCAAUUGUACAAGUGCGACGUUUGCGAUUUCGAAACGAAGCACAGGCCCAGCAUUUAUCAACACCGUUUCAAGCACAAAAAUGCUUCAUAGGUGCAACAGAAAGCAAGGGCCUGUCAUAUUUCUAGUUAUUAAAUAAAUAAAUAAAAUCUAAUUGCAUCAAAGAUUUAUUCCAUUAUUACUAACAGACCUGGAUGGG